CGUAGCUGGCGUUUCUUUUUAAGCAAACUGUGUUGCUAAGGCGUGGUAGAUCCCUGCAACUCCUCUCGGAUUCGCUACUUUUUCUAUUCAUUCUCUGCGAUCCAAUCAUUAAAGAUGCCUCAGGGAACCCUUGAAGUUCUUCUGGUUAGUGCCAAGGGUCUUGAGAAUACCGAUUUUCUUAACAACAUGGAUCCUUUUGUGAUCCUCACCUGUCGUACUCAGGAGCAGAAAAGCAGCGUGGCGUCAGGUAAAGGAUCUGAACCGGAAUGGAACGAGACUUUUGUUUUUAACUUGACCGGUGACGUUUCGGAACUCACAUUGAAGAUAUUGGACAGCGAUGUCGGCUCAAACGAUGAUUUCGUGGGAGAAGCAACCAUUCCUCUAGAUGCUUUGUUCACUGAAGGAAGCGUCCCAGCAACAGCAUACAAUGUUGUCAAAAAUGAGGAGUAUCGCGGGGAGAUUAGAGUUGGCCUCACUUUUACACCAGAAGAGAGCAGAAGCGAAUAUGCGGAUGAGGAAAGCUUAGGCGGGUGGAGGGAAUCUAGUUACAGAGACUAGAGAUAUACAGUGUUGUAUAUGUGAGGAUCUCUAAAUCAAUGGUGUCGUUUCGUUUGAAGAACUGCAUGCUUUGUGUUCAAGACUCGUCGUUUUGCAAAUUACCUCCGUGUUUUAUUAUUCCCCGUUCGUUUCGUUGCUUUUCUGUCCUGUCCUCAGAUGCCUACAACUUUUGUUCUUGAUCAUCAAUAAUAGUGACUACUUUUUACAA